AUGAAUAGUCAUUAUAUCCUUCAGUGGCUACCAUCUUACCUCGUUCCGUUCGUUUCACUUUCAUAUCCAACUCCUCCACCCGUCAAUCCCGACUCGUUCCACCAUUCCGCGUACUACAAGACUGGCGUGCUAGAUGGUUGCCUCAUAAUAACUUGCAUUGCCGUCAUGGCAGUUCUGCGUGACAUAGUUCGCAUCUUCGUAAUGGAACCUUUCGCUAGAACUGGCAACAAAAAUGAUCUCAUAAACGGAAACGGACAUGCUGUGCAUGCCAAUGGUGAUUCCAAGCCAAAAAGCGUAAUGUCUGCGCGGGAUGCUCGCAAAAUUCAUCGCAGCGUUUUGAGAUUCGCAGAGCAAGGCUGGUCGGCCAUCUAUUACACACUCCAAUGGUCAUUUGGCUUUUAUGUUCACCGAAAUCUUCCUACUCAAGCCUUAAACCCGACGGAGUUAUGGUCGAAUUACCCCCAUAUUCCCCUUGCUGGACCUCUGAAGUUUUACUAUCUUACCCAGACCGCCUUUUACAUCCAUCAAGUCCUUAUUCUAAAUGCGGAGGCUCGCAGGAAAGAUCAUGUGCAAAUGAUGACCCACCACGUCCUCACUAUUUUCCUCAUGGUCAUGAGUUACUUCUGCAAUUUUACCCGCAUCGGAUGCCUCAUCAUGGUAUUGAUGGACUGGAAUGAUAUCUUUCUCCCAGUCGCCAAAAUGUUUCGAUACAUUGGUUUAUAUACCCUUUGCGACAUCACUUUCACUUGGUUCCUUAUAUCAUGGUUCGUGGCACGUCACGUUCUGUUCGUCAUUGUCAUAAAGUCGGCCUGGUUCGAUGGCCCGCGGUUGAUCUCUGUGGGCUGGGUGCCAGAAUUGGGACAUUAUUACUCUGAGCGGACUUACAAUACCUUUGUCUACUUGCUGGUGGCACUACAGGUCAUCCAAAUCGUCUGGUUCUCGAUGAUUUGUCGCAUUGCAUGGCGCGUGAUCAGCGGUCAAGGUGCCUCGGACGAUCGUAGCGACGACGAAAGGUGA